AUGGCUGCUCACGUAAAGCCCCUUAUCUUGCACGCUCACAGCUCAAGCCCAAAUCCGAUCAAGGUAGCGAUCACCCUCGAAGCACUCCACAUCCCGUAUGAAGUGAAGAAAUGGGAUUUCGGAGAUGACCCCGAGAAGGGUGUGAAGGGUACGAAAUUUCUCAAAAUCAACGAGAAUGGACGCGUUCCUGCUAUCGAGGAUCCAAACACCGGUGUUGUCGCGUGGGAAUCUGGUGCUUGCAUGAACUAUAUCCGGCGUGUGUAUGACAAGGGUAAUAUGAUUGGACCUUCCGGGGAGUUGGCUCAAGACCUGGUGGACUUUGAAAAGUGGGAGUAUUUCUUGUUGACGACACUGGGUCCGAUGACUGGCCAGGCGAUUUGGUUUAGGAAAUACAACGCCGAAAAGAACGAGAAUGCUCUGGAGAGAUACACGGCUCAGACCUAUCGUUGUUAUGAUGUCCUCGAAGGUCAGUUGAAGAAAACUGGUGCAGAAAGCAUUCUCAAUGGACGUGUCUCUGCCGUCGAUUAUCAUUUCGAGCCUUGGCUGCAUAAUUACCCCCUUGCCGGUCUUUCUCUUGACAAGUAUCCUUUGAUCAAGAAGUGGCUUGGUCUCAUGGAGACUCGUGAAGAGGAGGCGUUGCAUGGAUUGAAACUGGGACUGUGCAUCGCCACCGGGAAAGUCGCAACGCCCGCGGCCAACGUCCGCGUUGAACAUGCAGUCUCCCGUGAACACAUUAUCUCCAAGUUGUCUUGA